AUUCUAGUAUUCUACCCAUCAAAGUAAAAGAAACAAAAAUAACAAAAUGCGAAUUCUUGUUUUCUUCUUGUUUAUUCACUGUCUGAAUAUUAGCUUCAUCAAUGGCGGAAUAUUAUCAGAACAAGAAGCAUUAUUAGCUAUUAAAUCUGCCAUUAAAGAUGAUCCUUUUAAAAGACUAUCAUCUUGGAAAAACACUACUCACCAUUGCAAUUGGUCGUUCGUCACUUGUUCUUCGUCUUCUCACUCUCCCACUGUCAUUUCCCUAGACUUCUCCUACUUAGCUCUCAAUGGUACUCUCUCUCCUCAAAUCGGUUUUCUUACAAACCUGCAAAACCUAUCUCUCUAUUGGAACGAUUUUUAUGGGCAUGUCCCGUCUUCUCUUUCUCUCCUUACAAAACUCCAACAUCUCGACCUUAGCUAUAACAGCUUUAGUGGUCCACUCCCUUUAUUUGUUAAUAUGUCGGAGCUUCGGUGCCUUUCCCUUCCUCGGAACGACUUUUCUGGUACAAUAUUGCCAGAGUUUAGUGAACUUCAAAAGCUUCAAGUUUUGGAUCUUUCUAGCAACAAUCUUUCGGGAGUACUUCCUUAUGAAUUAGGAUUCUUAAAGUGGUUGAAAACUUUAGAUUUAUCAUAUAAUCAAUUACAUGGUGAGAUACCAAAUUCUUUUUCUCUUCUUACAAAUUUGAUUCAUUUGGAUUUAUCAAAUAAUCAAUUACAUGGUGAGAUACCAAAUUCUUUUUCUCUUCUUACAAAUUUGAUUCAUUUGGAUUUAUUCCAUAAUCAAUUACAUGGUGAGAUACCAAAUUCUUUUUCUCUUCUUAAAAAUUUGAUUUUUUUGGAUUUAUCAAUUAAUCAAUUACAUGGUGAGAUACCAAAUUCUUUUUCUCUUCUUAUAAACUUGACGAACUUAAUUCUUUGUCAAAACAACUUACAAGGUUUCAUACCAGAGUUUAUUGGAGAUUUAUCUAAGUUAGAAAGACUUCAAAUUUGCGGAAAUAAUUUUACAGGAAGUAUUCCACAUAAGUGGGAGACGAAUGGAAAAUUGAAUUACCUAGAUGUUUCUUCAAAUAAGCUUAGUGGUCCAAUCCCUGAGAGUUUAGGGAGUUGUAAGUUACUUUUUUUUCUAGAUUUGUCACAUAAUCAACUCACGGGUCAGUUACCUGUCAACAUUGGAAAGCUUACGAGUCUUAGUUAUUUGUCGGUUGCCAACAAUAACUUGAUUGGAAAAAUCACACCACAGAUUACAGGAUACAAUGUCACGAAUUUUAAAAACUAUUCUAUCUGCAACUUGGUUGAUAUUCAAAUCCUUGAUUUAUCUUAUAACAAGUUUAAUGGAGAAGUUCCUCAUUGCUUGGGCAAUAAUAGUACUCAAUUAGUUGUAUUGAAUCUCCAAUCAAAUAAUUUCAAGGGCAUCAUUCCAUCAGCAUUUUCUACUUGUGAUUUAUUAGAAUAUGUAGAUUUCACUGACAAUCAGUUAGAAGGAUCUAUACCAAGGUCUUUAUCUAAAUGUCAAAACUUGAAAGUCCUAAAUUUGAGGAACAACAAAUUCAAAGAUGUAUUCCCCUAUUGGUUAGGUAGCCUUCCGUCUUUAGAGGUUCUCAGCCUACCCUUUAAUAAAUUUCAUGAAGAUAUAAGCAACAAUUUAUCAAAGAUUGCAACAUCUCCUUUUUCAAAUCUACAAAUUCUCGACCUUUCAAACAAUAAUUUCUGUGGUAAGUUGCCAUUCAUGUACAUCAAACAAUUUCGUUCCAUGAUGGACAUGUCUACUACUAUAGGAAGUCCAAGGUACUUAGAAGAUGAAUUUGGUAAUUAUAAUAUAUAUAUGUACUCCAUCAAGAUGAUAAUAAAGGGGAAGCAACUGGAAUAUAAGAAGAUAAUUACUUCUAUGUCAACAUUUGAUAUGUCUAAUAAUCACUUUGAAGGAGAGAUUCCACAUUCUAUAGGGAUGUUGCGAGCACUUCGAAAUCUUAAUCUCUCGCAUAACCUCCUUACAGGAAACAUCCCUCCAUCCAUCGGGAACUUAUCAUUGUUGGAUGGUUUAGACCUAUCAUCAAAUAGGCUUAUCGGUGAAAUCCCUCAAGAACUUGUUAGUUUAACAUUUCUCGAGGUUUUUAAUGUUUCAUAUAAUCAACUGGAAGGGCCUAUACCCCAUGGUAACAAUUUUGAUACCUUCUUAUCUGAUUCGUACCAGGGAAAUCUUGAAUUGUGUGGAGCACCAUUACUUGAAUGCAGAAACAAUAAUGUUGUGCAAUCUUUGAACAAUGAUAAUGUGGAAGAAAAAACAAAAUUAUCGAUGUGGGAAGUUGUAGUGAUUGGAUUUGUAAGUGGUACAAUAGUUGGUUUGGCUUGGGGGUACUACAUAUUGUCAGUAGGGAAGCCUUUUUGGCUUUUUAAAUUGUUGAACAAGAUGGAAUGGGCUUUACUUGAUUUUCAUGACCACCAUUUCAGUAGAAGAAGUAGAACAAGAAGAAUAAAGAACUAAAAGUGAUCAUCUAUCUGAGAAAGUUUUCAUUUGUAGCAAGAAGUAGAGUAUGAUGGAAUGGGCCCUUUUGGGCUUUACUUGAAUUUGUAGCAUUUCCUUUUUCUUUUCACUGUACUUUAUUCAUAAUUAUAUUUUGUGAUAAUAGCAUUGUUUUUCCAUAAAAAAAUUAUAAAUGUGUUCCAAAUGGGUGAAUGUGAUAAUCUAUCUAAGAAAGAAACAUUUCAUUUCAUGAGAUGUCUAUAAAGCAUAAAAUGUCAUGUUUUCCACUGCAUUGUUAAGUUAGUUGAUUUCGUUUUUCCAAGUUUGAUCAUUAAAUUAAUUUUCAGCUUUUACUAUAUUUACAAUAACACAACCCCGACCGUGGGUGUAAGCGAGG